AUGUCAAGGACAGCGGCACCAACACCGCAUAUGAAAGAGCUGAAAGACGUCAAAGACGUCAAAGAGCAGGAUGCUCAGCAUAGUCAACACGACAUGCCUCCGUUUCUUCAACAACAGCCGAUCACAACUCCUGCACCGCUUCGCCUGACGAAUGUAAAUCCGUUGGUUCUUGUCUUUGACGGUCCGCCGAAUGCUCAGUGCCAAAAAUCACUAAAUAUUACAAACGCUUCCAAUGAUCGCAUUGCUUGGCGGGUACUCUCCAAUGCCCCUACUCGCUAUGUCGUUUCGCCAAAUAAAGGAUUUCUUUUCAAACAAGAGCGAAUAGCUGUGCAAGUGAUCCUUCUCAACGGAUCAAAAUAUCAUCGCCGUCAUGCUUUUGUCGUUCAAGUAAAGCCAGCAAGAUUGGAAGAGAACAACCGCAAAGUGAGGGAUCUAGCCCUAAAUGAGUACGGCUUCAAGGAAAGCUUGAUUUUAGUUGACUUGGAGAGAUAUGUCGGCCGCAGAAGCGAAAUUUGUCCAAAAUACCAGGAUUGGAACAAUGUAUGUGUUCCAUUUCUACUGUAACC